AUGUGUGGUGCCAAUGCUAGUGCGGAGAGUUGUGACCAGCUGACAUUGGCUGAUCAGGCCGAGAUCUCACGGCUGCAGAGAGAAAAUGAAGACCUUCGUGCGAUGUUGCCAAGCCGGGAAGAAAUGCGACUGAUGCGUUCUCAAGUGGAGGACGCAACAGCUAUGAAGAAAAGCUUUGAGGGCCUGUACGUUGAGCACAAACGCCAAUUGUUGGAAAUGGCACAGGAGAAGAGUGGUCUUGAGCGACAGUUAACGGAAGCCAAGGAAAAAGAGCAGAAAACGCAGCACUUACUUGACACAGAAUGUGGAACAUCAUCUUCACUUCAACAGCAGCUACAACUGAGCGAGGAGAGUUUAGCUACUGCUGCCAAAGAGAACACAUGCCUGUCCAAUGCGAUGAAUGAUGGCAUAUCUGAGAUGAGAGCACUGAAAUCACAAGUGUUUGAACUUCAACAACAACUUAGUGUUUCCAGGCAUGAGCUGGAGGCAAGCAAUGAUGCUGCAGCUACUCAGAAAGAACACCUGCUGGAGCAGGUGGGUGAGUUACGUCUUAAAAAUGAAAAUCUCUCAGAAAGCAUCGAAAACUAUCUCAAACGAUAG